AUGCCUAAAGCUGAGAAGAAGAAAUACGGUGGAUCAACGACGAAGAAGCAGGUCGCUGCAGAGAAGCAUUUGAGCUCGGUGUUCAAGUUUAACACCGAUCUCGGUCAGCAUAUCUUGAAGAACCCGCUGGUGGCCCAAGGUAUCGUUGACAAGGCGCAUAUCAAACCUUCGGAUAUUGUCCUAGAAGUUGGUCCCGGUACUGGUAAUUUAACGGUGAGGAUUUUAGAGAAGGCGAAGAAAGUUGUCGCUGUCGAAAUGGACCCUAGAAUGGCUGCUGAACUGACAAAGAGAGUCCAUGGGACACCGGCGGAGAAGAAACUGGAUAUCAUGCUUGGUGAUUUCAUGAAAACAGAGUUACCGUACUUUGAUAUUUGCAUCAGUAAUACCCCCUACCAGAUCUCUUCGCCGCUCGUUUUCAAGCUGAUCAACCAACCAAGACCGCCCCGGGUGUCCAUUCUUAUGUUUCAAAGGGAAUUUGCAAUGCGGCUGCUGGCCAGACCAGGGGACUCGUUGUACUGUAGAUUGUCGGCUAACGUCCAGAUGUGGGCUAACGUGACGCACAUUAUGAAGGUCGGCAGAAACAACUUUAGGCCUCCACCGCAAGUGGAAUCUAGUGUUGUACGGAUAGAGAUCAAGAACCCAAGACCCCAGGUGGACUUCAACGAGUGGGAUGGGCUUUUGAGAAUAGUGUUCGUCAGAAAGAAUAGAACCAUCUCCGCAGGCUUCAAAUCCACCACUGUUUUGGAGAUCCUGGAGAAAAACUAUAAAGCGUAUUUGGCGAUGAACAACGAGAUGGUUGAGGAUGACAGUAACUUGUUGGACACAGUGAAGCAGAAAAUCGAAACGGUAUUGAGGGAAACAGAGUUGAACGAUAAAAGAGCAGGGAAGUGUGAUCAAAAUGAUUUCUUGAAACUGCUGUAUUCCUUCCAUCAGGUCGGGAUACAUUUUUCGUGA